AUGGUGAAGAAAAAAUCAAAGGAGACCAAAGAGUCAUUGGAGUCAUCAAUCGCACCACUUUUGGAGAUAAACUACAAGGAACCACUUUUCACGGCAGCUGCACAUCCAACUAAACCAAUAUUGAUAUCAGGAUUAGCAACAGGUCACUUAUAUUGCAAUACAUAUGAUCCCACCAUACUAGAAGCAGAACUGGAAAAGAAAAAAGAAGAAAUUGCUGAGUUGGAGGAAAAAGUGUAUGCUCUGGGUUUAACGCCAGUUGUUUCAAAAUCAAUAUCUGAAACUAAAAAGAAAUGGUGGAAAAUUGUUGAGGAUAAUUCAGAAUUACCGACCGAUAGUUUAGAUAUCAAAACAAAUUGGAAAACUAAAAGGCACAAAGGAUCAUGUCGCCAUGCUAUUUUUGAUCCGAGACCAGAUCAUUUAGGUGAAUACAUAUAUACUUGUGGAACCGAUAAUGUGAUAAAAAAAGCAAACACCGAACUGGGGAAAGUCGUAGGAAAAGUAGACGUUGUUGAAGAUUAUUACGAUUCAAAAGAUAAAUUAACAAAAUUAUGUCACUCAAAUACUCACUCAUUUAUUUUGUCGGGAACAGAAGAUGGGAAUGUAUUGGUUUACGAUUCAUCAAAUCUCUCAGCCAAUAAUUUGAAAUUCAAAGUUCAAUCAGCACAUGAUGAUUCGAUAAAUCAUAUAUUAAGUAUGACAUCUUCGCCUUAUCAUUAUUUAACUUUAGGUUCAACCACAUUAUCUCACAUAGAUAUAAGAAAAGGUAUAAUAACUCAAUCUGAUGAUCAAGAGGAUGAAUUAUUAUCAAUGUCAUACACUACGGAAGAAAUAAGUGAUGGUAAAUCAGAUACUGUACUAGUAAGUCAUGGUGAAGGACUUAUUACAAUUUGGAAAAACUCUAAAAACAAAUUAAGGGAUCAAUUAUCAAGAAUUAAAUUAAAUAAGGAUGUGAGUAUAGAUAGUAUCAUUCCGACAAUGAAUAAUAGUGAUGAAGACAUGGAAAAUUCAGUUUGGUGUGGAGAUAGUGAUGGAAUGUUACAUAGAGUCAAUUUCAAAAAGGGGAAAGUGGUUGAAACUAGAGUACAUUCAAAAGAUGGUGAUGAAGUUGGGAUUUUAGAUAUUGAUUAUGAUUAUAGAUUGAUUAGUGCUGGAAUGGAUACAUUGAAAAUUUGGGGUAAAUAA